AUGCGCCUCGCCCUCUCCCAGCAAGACGUCUUCGUCGGCGGCUACCACAGUGCUCACCGCCGCGGCGAGGUGAGCCACGGCAUCCUUGCGCUCGUCUCCAUCAUCUGCGGCGGCGGCUCGCUCUCCAUACCGUGGGCGAUGGCCAAGAGCGGCCUCGCACUCGGCCUCGCGAUCCUGACCGCGUCCGCGACGCUGAGCGGGAUGGGCGUGCACUUCCUUCUCGGCGGAGCACGCCGCGCCGGCGGGCUGCGCACGUUCGACGAGGUGCUCGAGGCGGCACUUGGGCCUUGGGCGCGGGCGCUGACCGUGUGGUCGGUCGUCAUCACGUGUUUCCUCACGCUCGUCGCCAACUCGCUCCUCCUCCGCCAGCUGGCGGCGCCGCUCGCCUCCCAGUUUGUGCUGGGCCGGCCGAUGGCGCGGUCGGAGCAGGUCCUGCUCGGCUCGUGCCUCGUCCUUGCGGUGGUGCCUCUCACCUUCAUGACGACCCUCAACUCGCUGCGGCACGUGUCGCUCCUCUCCGUCACGAGUGUGGUCGGCCUCGUCGGCGUGCUCGCCUACGAGGGCCUCUCCUGCCCCGCGCCCCCCGAGAGCCUGACCAGCAACCAAUCGGCGGUUGUCCUGCGCAAGCCGUCACGCAGGCGCAUGACCACGAUGGUGGUCGGUGCCUUCUCCAUCGCCUUUGCACUCUACGCGGUGGCAGGCCUCGCGGGUAUCGCGUACGGGCGCUGCACGGAGCAGCCGGUCACGUCCAACGUGCUGGCGAUGUUCCCGGAGGGUGACGGGCUCGCGUCGCUGCUGCGCCUCCUCCUCUCGGUCGUCCUCCUCCUCUCCCUCCCGCUCAUCUGCCUGCCGCUCUCGCCGCUGCUCGGGGCGCGGCUCCUGGGCAGCGAGGCGGCCGCCGACGCGGACGGCGCCGACCACGGCGAUUACGACUCCUGCGGCUCGAGCGUGGGCGGCUCGAGCGUCGGGGAGGUGUUCCGGGUGAAAGAGGAGGUGGGUGACCUGCCGCUCGCCACGCGCGUCGUCCUCUCCUCCUGCAUCAUGGGCCUCUCGCUCGCCUGCACCGCCAGCGUGGACGACGUGUCCGUCGUGUGGGGCUUCCUCGGCUCGACGUGCGGCGUGCUGCUCUCGUACGUCCUUCCCGCGGCGUCGUACCUGCUGCUGCGGCGCGUGCCCACGCGGACCGCCCAGUCGUCCUCCGUGCCCAGACGCAAGCUCGCGGCGGCACUGUUGCUCGCCAUCGGGCUGGUGCUGAUCCCGGUCUGCGUGUACAACACCGUCGUCACGAGCCUCUGA